AUGACCUCUAAUGCAGACACAGGCUCUCCGCUCGUGUUCUUCAAAAGAAGGGAAGGCAAGAUGAAGAGCUCUUUGUUGCUGUGCGUGGCCUUGGCUGUCUCCUUGGGGUUCAUCCAUGUGGCAGGUUAUCCACAGGACUCCGGAGACAACGAGCAAGUGCUGGUUAAUAACAAGUGUCAGUGUGUAACAGUGACCUCAAAGUUCAUCCCAUCCAAAGAAAAUCCUGGUGAAGAGAUCCUGGAGAGGAACAUACGCAUCCUAGUCCCCCUGAAGGCUCGAGAGAACAUCUCUGACCCCAUGUCCCCGCUCAGAACCACUUUUGUCUACCGCAUGACUGAACUCUGCAAAAAAUGCGAUCCCGUAGAAAUUGAGCUGGGUGGCGAGAUAUACCAGGCCCAGCAGAGCACCUCCUGCAACGAACCUGAAACCUGCUAUACCUACAACAGGGACAAGUGCUACACCUCAACCUUCCCAUUGGUCUACAACAGGGAGAUCAAAAACGUUAAGGCAGCUCUGACACCAGCAUCCUGCUACGCCGAAUAG